AUGAAAUUAAGAGCAGUAGCUAAUUAAAGUAAACCAAUAAAGCUUGCUCCUAAUUAGAAUAUAUCAUAAAUUGAGGAAACAAUCACGAAAGUAGAGUAGGAAAUAAAAACUGAAUAAAGCAAGGAAGUUAUUAAAAAUACAGAAGUUAGGGAAACUUUAGAGGCUUAUCAAACUACCUCAGAACAGUUUUUGCCAGAUAUAUAUCUAAAAUUUGGUUAGAGCAAAAAUAGCUUGAUAUAAAGUAGACCACUUAAGCCUUACAAUAGAAACGAAAUUUAAAGUGAUACCAAUCUGGUUUUAAGUAAUUUUAGGUUUUAAGAUUUGAUGCUUAAUGAAAUUGAUGAAGAUCUAAGUUGCUAAAGUCUAUAGAGAGGUUAGUUAAAAAGAAAAAAGAAGUUGGCUAUACCAGAGAAAAUUUUGAGAAUAAAUACAGAAUAAUAUAAGUUCUGA